AUGGCAUCAUUCAACCCAUUUGCUAGACGUGAAACUCACAGCGCCAGCUCGCUGAAUACAUACCGCGUCCUUGUACCCCUCACCUGGGCUCUGGUCGUGGUGGUCGGCGGCUACUAUUCUGUUCACUCGCCUGACGAUACCAAGAAGGGCAAAAAGAUCUGGAAGCAGGCCAAUAAGCAUAACACUCCAUUCAGCCAGAACACUACUGUAACUGGCGUUUUCUGGAUCUUCCUCCUCCUAUCUCAGCUCAGCUAUGUCUGGCACCUCUUCUCCAAGAACAGUGUCCUCGUCACGGCAGCUGCCAACGUAGCCACCCACUUUAUCCUGAACAAUCUCUUCCUCGCCGCUUGGAUCCUCCUCUGGACCCGGAACCACUUCUGGGGCGCGGAGAUCAUCCUCGUCGCUCACCUAAUCAACCAGACAGUCACCUACUGGCGCCAUCGCGGCCUACCCGCAUUCGUGCACCUGCCCGCCAUUGCCGGUCCCUAUGCCUGGACACUCACUGCGCUAUUCUGGAACGGCGCGGUUGCUGUCAACAGCCACAAUCUGCCUGGACGUAUUGUUGCUAAUAUCUUUAUCUGGUUUAUUCUUGUGAUUGGACUGUUUGAUAUUGUCCUUCGAGAGGAUUAUAUCCUUGGGUAUUGCUUGAGUUGGUUGACGCUGUCACUUGCCCUUAGACAAGUCGCUAUCAAGGUCAUUGCCCUGCAAUGGAUCUUUGCCUUUACUGUCUUUGCCGUGUUCUUGGCCGUCUCUCUUUACAUCUCCACGACCAAGUACACUGGCCGCGACAGCCUCUUCCGUCGUGUUGCCCACCCCGAGUCGGUGGACCGGGAGAGAGAGCCGCUGCUAAACGAGGGAGUGUGA